AGUGGCGUUGCUGACCAACAAUCUUGGACAAAGAGGCGUUUAAUUCGUGCCCGCCUCUGCAGACUGCACUUCUCUUUUUUUCUCUCUUUGCCCAAAUCUCCAUAUUCCAACUUUGCAGUUCACAUCUCUGGACUUUGAAUGGCUUUGUGCAAACGCGCUUUUCAUCUGUGUUCCAAUCAUCGUCUCUUUCUGGCCAAGUACCGCGACCUCGACUACUUACUCCCUUCUUUGACGUUGCAGAGUAGCAGGCACCUUUCGCAGGUCAUGAACUCCAACCUAAAGCGCGCGUUCCUGGUCGACACACUUGCGCUGGUAAGGGGUUUAGAGGCCAAAGGAGUUCCGUCCAAACAAGCCGAAGCGAUAACUGCUGCAAUCACCGAAGUUCUGAAUGAUAGUUUGGAAAAUGUAGCUCACUCUUUUGUUUCAAAAAUCGAGAUGCAAAAGUCUGAAGUGCUUCAAGAAUCGAGUCUGUCCAAGUUCAAGUCUGAAGUGCAAAGUUCUCAGGAGCAUCAUUUUUCUCUGUUGCAACGUGAGACUGAGAAGCUUCGUGGUGACAUUGAGAAGAUGAGAAGCGAAAUGAGAUACGAGAUUGACAAAGUCACUGCUGGACAACGUCUAGACCUGAAUCUUGAAAGAGGACGCAUACGAGAUGAGCUUGCUAAUCAGAACGCUGAAACCUCCAGUUUGACAAACAAACUCGAUCGGGAAAUUCAUGAACUAAGAGCCCAUGUAGAAGCUGCAAAGUAUGAUGUGAUCAAAUACUGCAUAGGUACUCUUGUUUCCAUAUCCGCAGUGGGUCUCGCUGUAAUCCGCAUCAUAUUAUAGUCUUCCGUAAAUUGAGUGGAGGUGAAUAGUACUAUUUGUAUUGACGUCUCUGUUUACCUUUUUUCUGAGCAAUUCCGUAAAAUACAAGGAUCACCCAUUUUUUUUCCA